AUGGAGAGCCCCUCCAAGAGAAGAAAGAAGAAUGACAGCAAACCCACUCCAGUCGCUCAUCGCAGUCUCGACUUCUUCUUCCGCAAACAGGGCCUUUCGAACGGAGUCAAUUCCACUUCCAAGCAGAAUGGGGCCCCGGGGAAGCCAGCCAAUAUUGACGAGGACCAGUCUUUUUCGGAACAAUCACUAACAGACGAAGAGCUGGCAAGAAAGUUGCAGGAAGAAUGGGCAAGAGAAGACGGACAAGGCAAUGGGAAGGUUAGAGACAGCGAAGAACGAUCGGCCCGAACCCAUGCUGAAGAAAUAGAACACAACAUGGAAGAUGACAAAAAAGACUUCGUGACGGCGGCACUCGACAACUCUAAUCAAGCUUUUCAAGCAGCCCCCCUUGAAAAGAACAAGGGUGUGUUGGGAUUGCAGUCCACGGCCUCAGACGAAGACAAGAUCACGUUGACAUUGCCCUUUGACCAAAGCCCGCUGACAUUUGACCCUUCACAGUAUGUGUCCGAGUUGAAAACUCAUUGGGCGGCCGAUGGUGGCGAUGCUUCCUAUGCUUUGCUUACUCGGUGCUUCUAUCUUGUCAACUCCACUCAAAGCCGGAUCAAGAUAGUCGACACUCUGGUCAAUUGUUUGCGGCUCAUUAUAGAAGCCGACCCCUCAAGUUUACUUCCUGCAGUGUGGCUGGCCACGAACUCGAUCGCACCUCCUUAUAUCUCUCUCGAGCUGGGCCUCGGCGGCUCGGCCAUCUCGAAGGCCUUGAAGAAAGUAUGUGGUCUUGAUGGUACAGGGCUGAAAACCCUGUACGACAAGCACGGAGAUGCUGGGGACGUUGCUUUCGAGGCCAAAAAGAAACAGAGCUUCACUCUUAGGAAGCCGAAACCUCUUACCAUCAAGGGAGCAUAUCAGACACUGGUCAAAAUCGCGAACAGCAAAGGCCAUGGCAGUGUAGAGCAGAAGCAACGACUAGUGGAGCGCUUGCUCCAAGAUGCCCGCGGCCCAGAAGAAAGCCGGUACAUAGUGAGGACCUUGGUCCAACAUCUCAGAAUAGGGGCCGUAAAAACCACGAUGCUGAUCGCGCUUGCUCGAGCCUUUCGAAUUUCACGUCCACAGGGAGCGGAUUUCCCCAUCAUGGAUGUAUCCGAACUGGCAUUACUGAAGAAGGAAGAUUUAGCCGUGGUGUGGUCCAAAGCAGAAGAGGUGGUGAAGACUUGCUUUGCACGGCGCCCGAACUACAACGAUCUCGUACCUGGGCUGCUGGAAGUCGGUGUGUCAGAUGAGUUACUCUUGCGCUGCGGGUUAGCUCUUCAUAUCCCUCUUCGACCCAUGCUGGGCAGCAUCACUCGAGAUCUGAGUGAGAUGCUCACAAAACUUCAAGGUCGAGACUUCAGUUGUGAGUACAAAUACGAUGGCCAGAGAGCUCAGGUACAUUGCGACGAAGCAGGAAAGGUUUCGAUAUUCUCUCGUCAUCUCGAAGUCAUGACAGACAAGUACCCUGAUCUGGUCGCCCUUGUGCCCGAGAUUCGAGGCGAUGGAGUGUCAAGCUUCAUCUUGGAAGGCGAAGUCGUCGCUGUUGAUCGCAAGUCUGGGGAAUUGAAGACUUUUCAGACCCUCACGAACCGCGCCAAAAAGGACGUCGACUUGUCCUCCAUCCAGAUUGACGUAUGCUUGUUUGCCUUCGAUUUGAUGUUUUUAAACGGUGAACCACUGCUGGAUCGCCCGUUUCGCGAGCGUCGUGGAUUACUUCGCAGCAUGUUUGUAGAAAAAGAACACCACUUUACAUGGGUGAGAAGCAUCGAUGCAACUUCAGCUGACUCCGAGGCUGUCCUCGAGUUUUUCAAGUCUGCAACCGAUAUAAAAUGCGAAGGCAUCAUGGUCAAGGUCUUGGAUAAUCUCCCAAAUCCUGAUCUUGUUGGUGAAGAAUUAGAACAAGCUGAAAUUGAUGACACGACCGCUCUAGCGCCAGCUACGCCAACCAAGAAGGGCAAGAAACCAAGCAAGAAAUCUCAAGGGGAGAAGGAACAGGACAAGGAGAAAGGGACUCGCCGCAAAGCCCUCCUUUCGACCUACGAACCUGAUAAACGCCUUGAUUCUUGGUUGAAAGUGAAGAAGGACUAUGCCACCUCCGCAGACACCAUCGACCUGAUCCCAGUUGCUGGUUGGCACGGCCAGGGCCGAAAGGCGAAAUGGUGGUCGCCGAUACUCCUGGCUUGUCGAAAUCCGCAGACUGGCUCACUUGAAGUUGUCACAAAGUGCAUUUCUGGCUUUACAGAUAAGUUUUAUCAAACCAACAAGGAGAAGUACGCCGAGGGAGGCGACAAUGUGCUCGGAUCCAAGCCGAGCUAUAUUGAAUACAGUGCCUACGAGCCAGAUGUAUGGUUUGAACCUCAAGAAGUCUGGGAAAUGGCAUUUGCAGACAUCACUCUCAGCCCAACCUAUACCGCCGCUAUUGGACUGGUCAACGAGGAUCGUGGUCUCAGCAUGCGCUUCCCUCGCUUUCUGAAGAUUCGGGAGGACAAGAGCAUCGAAGAAGCAAGCACAUCAGAAUUUCUCGCGAACCUAUAUCGCAAACAGGAGGCACGGAUUCAAGCUACAGGUGGCCCGCCACAUGACGGUGGAGGCGAAGAGGAUGAAGACAUUGAUGAAUGA